GCUCGCUCAGUCCCUACUUUCGUAAUCAAUGUGAACAACACAGACGAGCGCGCGAGUCUCAUAACAUGGCGCGACUCGGGCGAGUGGGCUUCCUGGGCGUGGCGGUGGUCUUCCACCUCAUUUACGUCUACUCCAUCUUCGACAUCUACUUCGUCUCGCCCAUUGUGCGUGGCAUGCGAGCGUACCGGGUUGAAGAUCACGAAGCUCCCGCAAAGCGAUUGGUGUUAUAUGUCGGUGAUGGACUCCGCGCCGACAAGGCCUUUCAAUUCUUCCCCGACCCCUCUCGACCCGCCAACGAGUCCGCCUCCCAGGAUGUCGUCCCAAUGGCCCCCUUCCUCCGAUCGCGAGUCCUCGAGCAUGGCACCUUUGGAGUGUCCCACACCCGUGUACCCACCGAAUCGAGACCCGGGCACGUAGCGUUGAUUGCGGGGCUGUAUGAGGAUGUGGCAGCAGUGACGACGGGAUGGAAAUUGAACCCGGUCAACUUCGACAGCGUGUUCAACAGGAGUAGACACACAUGGAGUUGGGGUAGUCCGGACAUCCUUCCCAUGUUCUCCACGGGAGCUGUGCCUGGGCGAGUUGAAGAUGCCACGUACGGCCACGAGUUCGAGGAUUUCAGCAAGGAUGCCACAGAGCUGGAUUAUUGGGUGUUUGAUCGCGUGAAGAAGCUGUUCAAGGAUGCGGAAACAGACCCAGCAUUGAACAACAAGUUGAGACAGGACAAACUGGUCUUCUUCUUGCACUUGCUCGGAUUGGACACUACGGGACACGCAUAUCGACCGUACUCGCAAGAGUAUUUGAGGAACAUUCAGAUCGUUGAUAAAGGAGUCCAGGAAAUUACAGAAGUCAUCAACAACUUCUACGAUGACGAUGAGACAGCCUUCGUCUUUACAGCAGACCAUGGCAUGAGUGACUGGGGCAGCCAUGGCGAUGGACAUCCCGACAACACGAGAACUCCUUUGAUCGCCUGGGGAUCAGGCGUAGCGAAACCGCAGACUGUGAAACAAGGAAAAGCUCCUGGACACGAAGAUGGCUUUUCUAGUGACUGGCGCUUUGACCAUGUGCAGCGACACGACGUUGCUCAGGCUGAUGUUGCGGCGCUCAUGGCCUAUCUUGCUGGACUUGAGUUCCCUGUCAACUCUGUCGGAGAGCUCCCGCUUUCCUUCCUGGAUGCGAGUGACGAAGAAAAAGCCAAAGCCUUGCUAGUGAACGCUAAGGAAAUUCUGGAAAUGUACCACGUCAAAGAGCGGGAAAAGAUGGCAACAGUACUGCGCUACAAGCCGUACUCGGGAUUCGCCGAUGCUGAGCACAGUGUCGAGAAUCGCAUAGCAUCGAUCGAGCAGUUGAUCCGCAGACGUGAGUAUCAAAAAGCUAUCGAUCAAUCUGAUGAACUGAUUCAACUUGGUCUGGCUGGUCUCCGUUACUUGCAAACAUAUGCAUGGCUCUUCCUCAGGACUUUGGUCACAGCAGGCUACCUUGGGUGGAUAGCAUUUGCCUUUACCACCGCCGUCGAUGUGCACAUUCUGGAUGGCAAGGUGGACGUGCAGCGAACUCCGAGUCUCAUCAUCAGCUCCGUAUCGAUCCUGGUUGGUUUGUACAGUCUGCUGGUUUUCCAAGCAUCUCCCAUCACCUACUAUGCUUAUGCGCUCUUCCCUGUCCUGUUCUGGGAGGAAGUCUUUGCGCGUCGCCAGGCAUUAAUCCAAGGCAAGAACAAGCUCUUUGCCAACUUCUCGAAGGGCGAAGUCACUAAGCUGGCAGCCAAUGUGCUGGGCUAUCUAGCUUUGCUCGAAGUCAUGGUGCAAAGCUACUAUCAUCGAGAGAUUUACACCAUUCUCUAUCUGGUCGCUACAGCUUGGCCUCUCCUUUAUGGCACUGACUUCGUCAAAUCCAACGGGCUUCUUUGCACGACGUGGGCGCUCUCGUGUGCAUCCAUGAGCAUUUUCACUCUGCUGCCAGCCAACAAAGUCGAGAGCUCUGGUCUCAUCCUUUUGGGAGGAUUCCUCAUUCUUCUCAUUGGUGUUCUGUACAUUGCCUUCGAACAGAGCUUGCUGGUGCAGAGCUCAACAUCCAAGGAAGACCUCGAAGCGGCAGAAGCAGACUACGUCUCGAGAUUGAUCCUCGGCGCGCAGGUAGGGCUGGUGGCACUUGCUAUGCUUGUAACCAGAUCGAGCGUCGCUUCUCUGCAAGCAAAGACGGGCCUGCCUCUUGGUACGCAGAUCCUUGGGUGGAUUACUUUGGUCACGUCCCUCAUCCUGCCAUUUGCCCACGCGCUCCGACCCCGGAACCACUACCUUCACCGUCUUGCCAUCAUCUUCCUUGCCUUUGGACCGGUGUUCAUCAUUCUCACCAUCUCCUACGAGGGUCUCUUCUAUUUCGCGAUCGCCAUCACUCUCGUCAGCUGGGUGCGACUCGAACACAGAAUACAUCAACGCUUUGGUGGAAGCAGCGCCGACACCACUACAGCGGCAGCCAAAACCUCAUCUAGUGCAUUGGGCGACAGCACACACGCCGCAAGUAACGGUGACGCCUCCCACGCCAACGGUCUGAAGAAGAAAUUGGACGUCACGACUCCACUCGCACCGGCAUUGGACGCAGCGCAACAGCGUGAGAAAGCCGCCCAGACAGGCGAUUACAGGAGUCUCACCCUCUCCGACGCUCGAAUCUGUUUGUUCUUCCUCUUCUUCCUCCAAUCUGGCUUCUACUCCACCGGCAACAUCGCCUCUGUCAGCUCUUUCUCCCUCGACGCCGUCUACCGCCUCAUCCCCGUCUUCGACCCAUUCUCGCAAGGCGCCCUUCUCGUCCUCAAACUCCUCGCUCCUUUCGCCCUCAUCUCCGCGAACUUGGGCAUCUUGACCAGGCGCUUAAAACUCCGAGGCGGAAGUCUUUUCGCCAUCGUUAUGGGCAUCGGCGAUUACUUGACAUUGCGCUUCUUCUGGGAAGUGAGAGAUGAGGGAAGUUGGUUGGAGAUCGGAGAGAGUAUUAGUAUGUUUAUUAUUGCUUCCGUACUUUGCAUUUUUGUUGCGGGCUUGGAGGCUCUUAGUGAGGUUUUCGUUAGAGGGGUGGAGUUUGAUGAUGAUGUCGUGAAGGGGACAAAUUCGAGUAAUGGGACGCUUAAUGGCAAGCCUAAUGGUGUCGUGGCAGCUUCACCGACUGCUGCUAAGAACAAAAAGAACAAGUAGUGGCAACGAUGAGGAAGUGGUUCCCUCGUUGUGAAAAAGAUUUCUUGUACGAAUGGUAUGCACGCGUGUACAGUCUAGGUUACAGAG